AUGUCGCGGGAAGCAUUGAUUGCGAAUCCCCCAUUCCAUCUCACACCAGUCGAUAUUGCAACGCUGAGGCAGAAUGAUGAUGAGUGGGAGUACUAUACAUGGGACUUUCUAAAAGAUGUCAUAGCAGAACGCAAUGCACUAGACACCCUCACACGUCUCCCAUCACACCUCGAAAAUUACAUCCACUUUAACAACUAUGUCAAGCAAACCUAUGGCUCCAUGCUCAACUUCCUCAUGCAACACAAAAUUGGCUGGAUACCAAAGUCUGUCGCUCCGGCCGACAUCCCCGCAUUGCUCCCUCUGAAACCCACAAGUAUGAUUCCGUUCGCGUCACCAGAAGACUAUCGCAUCGUGCGAAACGACUGGCCGUACGGGACAUUUCCGGAGAACAAGCAUCUCGUGGUCUGGCUGAAGAGCCGCAUUCCCGUGAACGAGGAUGGCGAUCCGACAGCCGAGAGUAGAGCGUUGAUUGACGAUUUCGUGGAUACAACGUUCCGAUCAAAUGUAAAAGAAGGUACAGAGAUCAUGUGGUUCAAAAACAGAACAGCGUGGCAGAGUGUGAGAGCUCUCGAACAUAUCCACGUCCUUGUGCGUGGCGCCGAGGAGGCAUUGAUAGAGGCUUGGACAGGACAGACUGAAGCUGAUAUGGAGGCCAACAAGUGGAAAGAUGGUCGACGAGUCGCGGACUAG